GCCCCGCGCUCCUCAAGCGAGGCCAGCGCCGGCUUGGGGCGGCGGCGCGGCAGAGAUGCGGCGGGUCCGGCGGUCGCGGGUGUCCCGAGCGGGAGGGCCUCUGGCUUUGGCGGCGGCGGCCCUGCUGGUGGCGGCGACGGGGGCGCUGGGCUGGCUGUUGCUGUGGCAACGCGGCCUGCCGGACUCGGAGCUGGGCGAGGCCGGCGGAGUGGCGCUGCCCUCGCAGCAGCCUGCCGAGCUCGCCCGGCGGCUCCUGCGCAGGCCCGUGUACGACAAGCCUCCGCUGGGCAGGGAAGCGGAGCUGGGCGAGCUGGGCCGGCCCGUGCGCCUGGAGCUGAGCGCCGCCGAGCAGCGGCUCCAGGAGGAGAGCAUCCGGAGACACCAGAUCAACAUCUACCUCAGCGACCGCAUCUCGCUGCACCGCCGCCUGCCGGAGCGCCGCCACCUCCAGUGAGUGAGGCGGAGGGAGGGCGGCAAAGGGACGGGCGCUGCCCGAAGGAAACAGGGGAGUCGAGGCGGGGGGGGGGGGGCAGGGGAAAGCCUGGACGGCCGUCUGACAAUAUAUGAUCUAGCUGAGAUUUCUGCAUUGCCCGGGGUUGGGCUAGAUGACCCUCAGGGGCCCCACCCAACUUUACAAUUCCGUGAUUGCACUGCUUCCUCAGGUACCUGAAAUGGCCACCUUACUUAGAGCACAGGGGUGUUUGUGUGUAUGGGAGGUGAGCUCCAGACAAAAUUUAAACCAGUGCUCUUUUUUCCUGGGGGUAUUCAAAGGUAUUCAGUACCAGCAUUAAAAUAUUUAUUCAUUUGGUUUUCAUAUUAAAAUUUAACAAACAGAUUUCCAACAUGCACCAUAAAAACAAGACCCCAAAGGAUCUCCUGGACUUCCCUCUCCUCCCCUUUUUGGGUCCUCUUGUUAAUCAUUUGCUCCUGCAUCUUUUAUAAUAAUCCAAAUCUUUUUCAUCUCCACUGUAUCCAAAUUUCACCAUUAGACUACAAGUGUUAUUACAAUCCAACUAACGAUUUUAACAGUUUGCAAUGAUUUUUAAAGUAAGUUAUCAAUCCUCCCCCCAGUCCCCCAUUUUACCCAUAAUGUUAAAAUUGUGGAACUUACUGUAACAACUUCACAUUUUUUUUCUAUUAAUAAAAGAAGAAGCACUGAGUAAAACCCAUUCAGAGUGGAUAUGAGCUACUGCCUGUCUGGGGAAGUGUUGGCAAAACAAGAUGGUACUGUAUAGUGUACAUGAGUGCCUAGGAGAGAAGGUUUGCUUUCGGUAGCAGAUUCAUAGGGGCCCAGCUAUACGCUCCAGUCGUAACAGGGUAUUAUGCCUGUGUUUUUCUCCAACAUUUUAAAAUCUCCCCUCCUUAAACGUGGCCUGCCUACUGCAACUUGUCCCCCGCCUUACAGGUGAACAUAUGGCAAUCUUUCCAUACAGUUGUGUGCAAAUAUUGGCUUGUUACUGUAAAUACUAUGUCAGAAGAGGAACAGAGCAGGCAACUAUGAUUGCUCUGAAAACAGAGACACAAAAUUUGGAGGGGGGGGGAAACCCGUGGCCUUUCUUUCAGUGCCUGUUCAAGUCAGAAUGAGAUCAUGGUGCAGUGGGGGAGCUGUCACCCAUCAGAUACAAGGUUGGUUCGUUGAAAGACUUCUGUCUGUGGGUAUUUAAUCCAUCUACAUUCACCUGUUCACUUCCUGGAACAGUGCACUGCCUCAUCCUAGGUGCCCUGGAAGUGUUUGUCCCAUACUUUCAGAGCCUGUGUUUUCAUACAUAAAAAAACAAGUCACUUGUGGCAUAAAUAGCUAGAAUAGGGUUACCAGACUUCCCCGGAUUUUCAGAUCUGUCCCCGGACAAAUUCCAUCCCCGGAAUGUCCCCAGAUUUGCAAAUCUGUCCCCGGGAAACGUGGUAGCGGCAGCCUCAGCAGCCCGGAGUCAGCUUGGUAGCGCAGUUGGCUCUGGCUGGCUUCAGGAGCUGCUCGCUGCUACCGCCACUGCCAAAGGAGAACUGGGACAUCUGGCGGUACAGAUCUCCUGCCCCCUUCCCCCUUUGUUUUGACAGAUCAAGGGAGGCUCAGGAGUCACGGGCAGGUGGCCGUUGCCCAGGAGGGGUGCAAGGCGCUUGGUUUCUCUGCCAGGCAAGGUGCAAAGCCCUUCUUUCGCACCCUGUGAAAUAUAAAUGCACAGUUUUUAAAAAACUGGGCAAUGGCUGCCCGCCCGUGAAUCCCGAGCCUCCCCCGAUCAGUCAAAACAAAGGAGGAAGAGGGAGGAGAUUGGGGGAGGCUUGGGAGUCACGGGCGCGCGGCGCUCCUUUGCCCCGUUUUUAAAAAACUCUGCGCAUUUAUGUUUCAUAGGGUGCAAAAGAAGGGCUUUGCACCUUUAUACAAUAUGCAUGUGUGCUUGAGCCCAGGGUCUUUUGCCUCACCAUCCCCACUACUGACUCCCUGUUGCUACUCAGCUUCAACAAAACAAAACAAAAAGUGUCCCCGGAUUCAUUGAAAAAAAUCUGGUAGCCAUAAGCUAGAAUGCAUAUGAAAACCCAAUCCUUAAUUAUAUUAAUUAAUUAAAUAUUUAUAUAUUAAUUGGAUAAUUCAGUAUAUAAUGCCUACUUAUGUACAAAUGUCAUGGUAUGUGGUACCUGUGGCUGGAAGUUAAUGCAACCAGCAAACUCCACGCCAGAAGCAGUGAAUGGGACCUGUGCCAAGUUAGCUUUAAAGUAUAGGGUCACCUCUUUGAGAGCAUCUCCACUUGAAAAUUGUGUCCCAAAUGAAGAUGUUUGUAAGUUGGUGAGAAUGUUUGUAGCCUCUCAAAAUCAUUGCUGCUUCCAGUUCUGCUGCUGCCUAACCCGUUUCCCAUAUUUUCUCAGGGAGUCCCAUCUCUCACCAUCAUCCUGCUGCCUCCCCAAUAAUUAUCCAAAAAGAUGUGAGUUCACACAGCUAUAUUCCACCAUUUUUGGAAGUUUGAUGUCAUGUUAAGAUAUUUCGGCCAUGAUCAUUCCUCAGUUGAGCACUUUCUUUGAACCCAGUCCUAUAUGUAUAGUUAACCAAGCUUAUCACUGAGGCUGCAGUCCCAUGCUUAAGAUCACACAGAUGGUUGCUUUCUUUUUAUUGCUGCCUGUUCUCAAUCAGGCACAGCGGUAGCCUUUGACAAUAUUUUCUUCCUGGAAAUUUUCCAAGCGAGGCACCCUCAACUGACUUAAGCCGGAUGUAGUUCCAUGCUAGCUGUUCAUAACCCUUUCAUUCUUGCCACCACAACCUGUACAAUAAAGUGCCCUGUACAGUACACAUAGACAUUGCCAAUAGCUGCCUUAUCAUGUUCAUUUCUGCUUGUUAGAGGAAACCGAAGUCUUUUCUUUACAAAAGAUUCUAACAAGAUUGCUCAUAAGAAGAAGAAGAAAAAUACUACACUUUACUUCCUGGACUAGAGAGAUUGUAAAUUGCUGAUGUUGCAAUGUCUGUGAUUGUAGCGUAACUGAAUGGUGUAUAUAUUUCCACCACACAGGUGAAGCUCAGUUUCUGGUUAUACACCUAUUAGCUACUAAUAACUUCUCAGAAAUUGGUUGAGUAUCAUGCAGUUUCACUGUGUUAGGGAACUUUCUCAAGACUACUGCAGCACGUGAAAGUUAUCAGCAUGAUGAAAUUUGCACCGCAAAAACAAUAAUUUGAUUUGGCUCUUGAAGGGAGCAGCAGGAGCAUUAGUGAGCAAAAUGGGGACACCUUUGGGUAGGAGAGAGGUAUUAGUGAAUGAUCUGAUGAAAUAUAUUUCCUAGUAACCAGAAAAUUGAGCAAGUGAAUUUUAUAUGAGCUGGCUGUGAUUAACCUUGGUGGGGCAAGGAAGGGACGUCUUCUGAAGCAUUCAUGUCUAAUGUCCUACAGAACCUCAAUCAGGUAGUUUCUUCGUAGCAGAAUGAAGACAGACAGUAGAUCUGGGUAGCCAACUGGAUGGCCUCCUGAUGUUGCUGGACUACAACACCUAUCAUUCCUUACCAUUGGCAUGCUGUCUGGGUUUGAUGGAAGUUGGAGUCCAACAAUACCUGGAGGUCACCAUGCUGGAUACUUCAGGUCAAGCUCUUGACAUGGUGACAACAUAAUGACUUCUACUUUAAUUGCCUUUGGCUCUGUAGGUAAGUCCCUGUGCCUGGCAUUCUCCCAGUUUGGUAAACAAAGGAGAUAGAAGAGUGGGUGACAAUUGCCUCAGUAAUUUGUUGUAAGGUUUUAAUCUAUUCAUUGAUAUAGUUAAUUGAAUAUCACAGAUUUUCAAAGCUGAUAUUUGAACUGCUUGAAUAAAGGAGAAUGAAGCUCAAAUGAAAAACACGUGUGAAUCUGAACAGUUACUGCAUUCUGUGAAAAUAUGCUUAACAUUUAAUAAUAAUAAACCUAUAUGGUUAAACUCUGCAGAUAUUAAAAAUAAGCUCUCACUGAUCCAACUCAAAUUGUUGUUUUAGAAAAUAUAUUUACAUGCAAUUAGUAGCAACAGAAUUGGGAGUGAGAUGGUAUUUGCAAAUAAUACAUCAUGAAUAGGUGGUAUUGACACUUGGAUAUACAUUCUGAUGUGUGCUUGGAAGUAGCAUUGAAUUCCUUAAUAUAGUUAAUGUAGUACGGAGCGUAUCACAAACUGGAUGUUAUUCCUAAUGGAGUUGAUACGCUUUUUGAAACUGCAAGAUGAAAAUCUAGGAGAAAUUACUUCCUUGCUGCAGGUCCUACUCUACACAAUUACGAUACGUAUUUGUGUAUUCACCUCACUUCUGCAUAAAUUGUUGGGCAGAGUAUUGCUUAAUUAUGUAUCUGAUUUUUCAAUUAAAAUGUAUGCUUUUCUUACAGAUGCAGAGAAAAGAAGUAUGAUUAUUAUAACCUUCCAAAGACUUCUGUUAUAAUAGCUUUUUAUAAUGAGGCUUGGUCAACGCUUCUCAGAACAGUUCAUAGUGUUCUUGAGACUUCUCCUGACAUCCUUCUGGAAGAAGUCAUCCUUGUAGAUGAUUACAGUGAUAAAGGUAAGCCAUGUCUCCACAAAGCCCCCUGCUGGCACAGGAUUUUCUGUGAAAGGAAUAGGGCAUUUAGUAGCUACUACACUUGGAGGCAAGCGUAGCCCUUUUAGGAUAUAAUUGGUGUAAGAGUGCAACUUAGCAGGAAGUAUUUCCAAGGAACAACAUAGACUGAAACUGGCUUGCAUAGAGAUGCGUUGACAGUGGCCUGUAUUGUAAUGUUUGCUCUAUACAGUGGUACUUCAGGUUACAUACGCUUCAUGUUACAUACGCUUCAGGUUACAGACUCUGCUAACCCAGAAAUAGUGCUUCAGGUUAAGAACUUUGCUUCAGGAUGAGAACAGAAAUCAUGCUCCGGUGGUGCAGAGGCAGCAGGAGGCCCCAUUAGCUAGUGGUGCUUCAGUUUAAGAACAGUUUCAGGUUAAGUACGGACCUCCGAAACGAAUUAAGUACUUAAUCCGAGGUACCACUGUACUCCUGAAAAUUACUUCUCGGUAAUCGUAGUGUGAUUAUCUCGUCGGUAUACCACAAUGUUGUUUAUUUCCCACCUCUCUUAAAAUCUUGGACAUGUGAGCCAUCACGGGAUGUGGAGAUUUGACUAAUAAUUUUGGGGAAUGGUUUACCAAGCGACGGAAUAUUGCACAGGUUGGGAUCCCCAAGAAUAAAAAGCUAGGCUGAGGGGAACCUAGCAGGCAGGGCCUGAUGCACAUAGGUAGGCAAGCUGCAGUUCAGUCAUGCUGGCUCAAGCGGCAGCUGUACUCAUUUUACAAAUGGCUUGUGUGAUGUUUGGCUAAAUUACUUACCUUUCAUCCCAGCUUACUCAACAGAGUGGGUUUGAGGCUAAAAUGCUGCUCUGAGCUCCUUGGUAUGCAAGUGCAGUGGUACCUCAGGUUAAGUACUUAAUUCAUUCCGGAUGUCCGUUCUUAACCUGAAACUGUUCUUAACCUGAAGCACCACUUUAGCUAAUGGGGCCUCCUGCUGCCGCUGUGCCGCCGGAGCACGAUUUCUGUUCUCAUCCUGAAGCACAGUUCUUAACCUGAAGCACUAUUUCUGGGUUAGUGGAGUGUGUAACCUGAAGCGUAUGUAACCUGAAGCGUAUGUAACCCGAGGUACCACUGUGUAUCAAAUAAAUACAUCCAGGUACCCCAUCCAGAUGGCUACUGGAUAGUUAUGUGAUAUCAGGCAAAGUCUAUCCUGUCUGCUGAAAUCAAGUAACCAAAGACCCAGCAAUCUCAAUUUUGCAGUAAUAAGGAUGAAUGAGAUUAAUGAAUCAAUGCACAAAACGCUACUGUAAAAUUUACAGCUGAUGGGAGUCUCUCUCCUGUUAUAUAAAACUAAGACUUGUAGAUGUAAAAUUAUAACUAGAAUAACUAAAAUGAUCGUACCGAAUAAAAUGGGAAUGGUAACACUGAAUUUUAAGACAUUUGCUUGGCUCUUCUGCAUACUAUUUAAUAAAUCUAAUAGUGGAACAAAGCAAAAGGGAUGUCAGAUUUUGAAUAGGGGUCUCUGCAGAAUGGGAUAUUUCUGCUGUAUAGAUUUUAGCCCACAUUUCAUUUGAAGAAAAAACAUCACUCCUUACAACUCUGUUCGAUGUGUAUUUUGAUGCGUGGAAACCUAAUCAGUUAAUGUUUUCUAAUUUUAUUUUUAGCCUAGAAUAUUUGGAUUGUACUCUUCUAUGACCAAAACAGGGUAAUAGUGAUUGUGCACACCUGAGUCUUUUGUUAGUCUGAUAUUUAUUCCACUCGCAGAAUAGUAAUAUUCUCAAAAUAUAUGUAUAAUCUAACUCUUAGGGUGAUAUUCAACUAAGGUUUACUUAAAGUAGACUCACUGAAAUUAAUUGGCAUAAAUUAGUUAUGUUUAUUAAUUUCACUGGAUCUACUCUGAGUAAAACUUAGUUGAAUGCCAUCCCUAAUAUGUAGUUUGAAUAGUACCUUUCUCAGAGACUGAUUUAUUAUACUGUAUUUAAAAAUAUUUUUACCCUUCCUUCACCCUUAUCAGUGCUUCACCAAAAUACAAACUUUAUUUAUAAAACAGACAAAUUAAAGGAGAAGGGGAGAAAACCUCAAUAAAGAGAAUUUAAAGUCCCUAGGUAGUUUACACAGAUACAGUCAUUCCUCAUCUUAAAAAGAUUAAUAACGUAAUGUUAUCUUCCAUGUCCUGUAUGAGGAGAUCACAAAGAGAGAUGUAAGCAUAUGGGUGAUAACAGAGACACUGAAAGGGAGGCACACAGUAGUUCAGAACCGUUUUGAGGACCAUAUCUGAAAAACAACUAAACUGGUUUGUAUAUGUAGUAAACUAUUUUAUCUUGACUUUCCAUUUUAAUCCCCCAUUGAGGAUUACAAUGUAUUUUAAAUCCAUAACAAUAAAAUAAUUGAAACAAUAAAAUAGUAAAUGUAAUAGCAGUCUUCAAAGGUAAUAGAAUAUUGAAGAACCUUUUAAGACCAAUACAGAGCUUUAAACCUAUAAAGUACCAUGGAAAGGCAGGGCCUGCCCAAGACAUUUUGACACCUGAGGCGAACUACAAAAUGGCGCCACCUCCCCCAGCCAGGGAAGAAGGGGUGAAUGAAGAUCUAAAUUGGGAACAAGGGGAGGAAGGAAGAUCUACAUAGGGAACAAGGGGGGAAUAAAGAUCUACAUUGAGAACAAGGUUGGGAGGAGACCGACAGCGCCUCAUUUCCAUCAAGAGCUGGCUGUAGAUGUGGCAUUGGUGGAGGUGCAAAGGAGGUGGCAGAUGCAGUCUCUAUGGAGCACACUGCAGCCAUCACUUCCACUUUAGCAGCAGUAAGGUAAAGGUAAAGGGACCCCUGACCAUUAGGUCCAGUCGUGACCGACUCUGGGGUUGCGGCGCUCAUCUCGCUUUAUUGGCCGAGGGAGCCGGCGUACAGCUUCUGGGUCAUGUGGCCAGCAUGACUAAGCUGCUUCUGGCGAACCAGAGCAGCGCAUGGAAACGCCGUUUACCUUCCCGUUGGAGUGGUACCUAUUUAUCUACUUGCACAUUGACAUGCUUUUGAACCGCUAGGUUGGCAGGAGCAGGGACCGAGCAACAGGAGCUCACCCCGUUGCGGGGAUUCGAACCGCUGACCUUCUGAUCGGCAAGUCCUAGGCUCUGUGGUUUAACCCACAGUGCAUCUUCUGUUGCCUCACAUUGCCUCAUGGGUGGGCCGUCUCAGUGAAAAGAGGACUUCAAAGUCCUCAAAUUUAAUGCCAGAUGAGCAGAUAAGCAGAGUGGGUUGAUUAACUAAGGUACUUGCAUCAAGAAAACCCAAUCUUGGAUGACCACCCACAUAGUCUUACAAAGUGGGAACACCCAGAGCCAAACUUCCAAUGAUGAUCUCAAAAACCAGGCAGGUUUUAAUGAGUACAGGCUGUCUUUAGUGAGUACAGGCCGUUCAGAAACCCUGAUUGACAUUAAGUUGGAAUAUGUUCAGGUCAGCAUCUUGGGCCCUGUGCCGCCCUGCUCUGCUUUCAGAGGUGGGGCAAAUGAACAUGCAAGGUAGGUAUUUUUGGUUGUGGCAUCACAAAUCUGGAACACACCUUCAUCAUAGCUCACUUUUUGGUGAACUGAAAAUGGAUUUCAACCCUGAAUUGCUGGAUAUGUUUUGAUGAAAAGCCGUUUUGCUAGCAGUUGCUUUGUACGACAGCAGUUCAUUCAUCUCUUUGUUACAGAGCACUUAAAGGAGGCUUUGGAAAACUAUGUGGCUAACUUGCGCAAGGUACGGCUUAUCCGGGCAAACAAGAGAGAAGGAUUGGUUCGAGCAAGACUGCUGGGAGCAUCUAUAGCAAAAGGGGAUGUUCUGACCUUUCUUGAUUGCCACUGUGAGUGCCAUGAAGAAUGGCUUGAACCAUUAUUAGAAAGGUAAUGUUCAGUCAAAUACUUUCUGUAUGCAUUAAAAAAGUGAGUGGCAUUUGAUUUUCAUUUUGUUUCUCAGCAGUGGCAACCAGAGCCAGAGUAUUUGCCUCACAUUCUAUAUUUUCUGUUCUUCUACCUGCUGUUUUAGACGAAUCCAAAUAGUACUUUAAAAAUGAUUUAAGACAUUCUAAUUUCAACAAAUAUGUGUUGGUUAGAACCAACGUAAAUAAUGUGUAAACCUCCAGUACUUUACUGAGAUUCAUGUAGCUGCUUUAUGCAUCCCCGAUGGGAUUAAUAUAUAUUUCAACCAUAGAUUGCUGCUUUUGAAAAUCCCCCACAGUUCAGAAGAAAUUGCCAUGUAUCAAGGAAGGACAUCUGUUUAAAAAAUAUAAGCCCUAAAUCCCUUGGAUUCAUUAUUAUUAUUUUUCCUUUCAUUUCUACACCACUUUAUAUUUUUAAGAAAAAUAUCUCAAAGUGGUUUACAACCUCUGUUAAAACAUCAAAUAAAACAAUUCAGAAUAAACUAUUAUAGAAUAAAGUCGACUAUAAAGUAUAAUUUCAAAGCAACAUAAUUAACAGAAAACUAAAAUAUUACCUUAAAGACUUCAAAAGAAAACAUUACAAAAGAAAGACAAAUAUAUACAUUUAAAACAGCAUAAUUAGCAAAAGAAUAAAAUAUUAUCUUAAACAUAGAACAUACCUGCUGCUGUUGCUGCCAGUCCUCCAAGCAGGAAUGUGCAUGAGCUGGGUCUGCAGCAAGAGUCAGCCAAGAUGGUCUCUGGCCUCCUCAAUAAUCUCAGUUUUUGUAGUGGGAGUGAGUCAGGGCUGGCUUUAAAUUGAUAGUGUUUACAUUUGUAGAUAAAAAGGUUGUUUAUUGGUAUGCCCUCCUUUUUUCAAAAUACAUUUUGCUUAUAUUGAGAUGAUGCCACCGAGACUGACUGAUGAUGAUGAUGAGUUAUUUUCAGCUUCUUGUAAGAUGGAGAUGUUGUGGGAUUUUUCUAGCAGUAUAAAGGAAUGAGAAUGGCAAGGGAAGAAAAUGCUUGAUGGUACACUGUGCUGUGUAAUGUGUUUCUGACAACCAACACAAAAUACACGUGGCCCAGUUUGCACAUAACAGUAAGCCAAAACGUGGUGAAGCAUGAAAAAGCAAGCAUGCAAGUGCUCACAGCAAAAAAUCACGGCCAGUUCACUCAUUUUCCUUUUUUUAAAAAAAAAAAAUUAUUGCUUUUAAACCUUACAAAAAGAAGAAAAGAAAAGAAAAAAGAAAAGAAGAAGAAAAGCAAAAGAGAAAACAAUACAAUACAAUAUAUAAACAAUACAGAAUGCAACAUUAACAUUAACACAUUAAACAAAACAAAAGCAAAAACAAUUCAAAAGCACACAUCAUACCAUCUCAAUAUCCUCUCUUUCAUUCCCUUGUUUCAUCGACCUCCUCUCACCUCCCUUUUUGUAUUCCAUUUCUAUUAAUUGUUUCAGCAAAUCCUUUCCAUCUUUCUCUAUUUUCUGUCAUGUAAUUAUCUUAACAUAUUUUAACCUUAUUUUCCAUUAAUACUAUAAUACUUAUUUAUACUUAAUUCCUUAAAAUAUUUCUACUAAAGCCGUAUAAUUCCCUUCCAACAUUUUUCUAACACUCAUUAAUUUUACAUUAUUUCCAUAUAUAGAUUUUAAACUUUUUCCAAUAUUCUUCCACCAUCUCUUCUCCCUGGUCCCGGGUUCUGCCAGUCAUUUCCGUCAAUUCCAUAUAGCCCAUCAACCUGGUGAUCUUCUGUCCGAGGCUCUUAACUCUUUUCCAGGUCCCUUCUGCACAGUUCACUCAUUUUCCACUCUGCUGCUAUGUGGUGUCUUUCGCAGCCAGACCAUGAGUAGCAAGCAUUAAAUGACCUUUGGCUACAACUUGCAGUUUGUCUGGAGCAAGACAAACCAUGAGUCCAGGUUUUGAUGUAACACUAAGCCAAACAGUGCUUAGUUCUGGCAGCAGCAAGACCAGAGGAGGAGCAGAGCAGACGCAUGCUCUCUUAGUCACAGUUUUGCUUAGUGAUACAUGCAAACUGGCCCCUUAUGUAUUUUGCGGUGUCAUAAAUGCAUUAUGCGGAUGGCGCUGUGGGGACGCGGGUGGCGCUGUGGGUUAAACCACAGGGCCUAGAACUUGCUGAUCAGAAGGUCAGCGGUUCGAAUCCCCACGACGGGGGGAGCUCCCAUUGCUUGGUCCCUGAUCCUGCCAACCUAGCAGUUCAAAAGCAUGUCAAAAGUGCAAGUAGAUAAAUAGGUACCGCUCUGGUGGGAAGGUAAACGGCAUUUCUGUGCGCUGCUCUGGUUCACCGGAAGCGGCUUAGUCAUGCUGGCCAAUAAAGCGAGAUGAGCGCCACAACCCCAGAGUCGGCCACGACUGGACCUAAUGGUCAGGGGUCCCUUUACCUUUUUAAAUGCAUUAUACAAGCACUGAAUACCAUCAAGCAUUAAGCCAUAAUAACUUACUGGCAACCCCUCUCCCACAUACAUUAAAAGCAUACUUGUGGUAUGAGACUAAGACUAUUCUUAACACCAAGAUGCAAGGAAACCCACAAAUGAGCACAAACCCCACUGUCAGAGGUUGUGGUUCUGCAUUGUGAAUGAAAGAAUAAAAAAUGAGACCUCUAAAAAUAAUUCAGGGAAGUGGAAUUUUAGGCAGAGCACUUGCCUAAACACCAAAAACAUGUGAAAAACAACAUGUAAUAAUGCUUGGAAUGUAAUUAAUAUUUAACGGGAAACAUUUUGCAGGGGAAACUAAUGCUUUGACUUUAUUUAAUAAUUUCAACUAUUAGGUUAUAGAGGCCUAUAUUGCCACAGUUGUUCAGUUCUUUUGAAGUAACCAAAGGCAUGCUUAUCAAUUUAAUCCACCAGAUGGCAGUGUGGGGCAAGCUUUAGUCUGAAAAUGAAUAUUUUCCCUCAUAUUUUAGGGCAUUCUGUUUAUUGUAUAUACACUCUAUGUAGUCUUAGCAAUGAUUCACUUGUUUCCUGAUCUCUUAUUUUCACUUAAAAAUAUUGUUAUGAACUAGUGCCUCAUGUGGUCUCAGCUGCAGCAGCCUCCAUAACUAACCAGCAGCGGUUCAAACUGCUGCCGUAGGGUAUUUCUGCAUAAUAUUAACUAUACUAUUAUUAUUACUAUUAUUAUAGUAUACUGUAUUACUAUUAUACUAUUAACUAUAUUUUGGCCCUUUUACUAUCCUGACCUCAAGCUGCUGCUCUUCCACCAUUGCAAACCUUGUUUAUAAACGAAUUGACUGCAGGAGUUCAGGACAUGCCGUAUUCUGUUGCAAAUGACCUGAUAUGACUCAAGGGGCAAUUAAAAAUUCGAAAUGGGGAACAGGGACAUAGCUGGGUGCAUUGACAUUGUAUAAAUUGAAAUAAUUGUACCAACUCUCUCCCCAACUUAUGGCAUCACAGUGCACACCACGGCUCAUCAUGGUUGUUGCUCUCAGGUGGCCAGUAGGGUAGGGGUAAAGGGAGUGCUAACACAUUGUAGAUUAUGUGUUGGUGCAGGUUUUCAUCUUUUGACCGCUUGGCUUUAAUAUCUGUAAGUAACCCACUCCUGCUAUUAAGUUUCUCUUGCUCUCCUUUCCUCGUCUUCUCUGACUUCAUCUCUUUUCUCUUCUUUGGCUGUCUGGCAACCAGCCUUCACUUUGCCUAUCUGCCUGGAUUGUGCCCAUCUCACUGACAGACCCAGUCAGGAAAGACUGGUCACUGAACUCUUGAAGCUCCUGGGACUGGAGAGUGAGUAAAAUGAGUUUGCUUGUGCUCUGUGUGUGUGUGGUGGUUCUGUUGUGCUUCAGCUUUGCCUUUGUAUCUGUUUCGCCAUGCCUUUUUUCCUUAUGCUACCAUCACUUUCUUUGAAGAAGAUUACCAAAAGACUGUAAAAAGACGCUGUGAAGCAGUUAGAUAAGCUUCCCCCCGUUUCUUGUUGUUUGUAUGUUUAAGUUGCUAAAUAUUACCUCAACUACAAAGAGGAAAAAUCCUGACUAUUAAUAUAACAACUUUACAUUGGCAAAGUAAAUAUAUGAACAUUAUGAUGCAGCUUUGUUCUGUUCAGCUGAUUUGGCACAGAGUGAAACCAUUUUUGUCUCUAAAACCACCAUGGAUUGUUUUCUCAUUUCUCAUGGGAUGUUGUUAAUGGGGAGGAAAGGGACAAAAAGAGGUCGUUCUCCAGCUCUCUGGUGGUGAGUAAACUCUAAAAAGUCUCUAGCUGUUAAUUAGAACACUUGUGCUAAUUUUCCCUAUCACAGAGUACAGUUGUUAAAUGUCAGUGGUUGAGCCUCACCUGCAGUUACUACAUACUUUGUCUAAACCAGGCACCCCCAAACUCAGCCCUCCAGAUGUUUUGGGACUACAACUCCCAUCAUCCUUAGCUAGCAGGACCAGUGGUCAGGGAUGAUGGGAAUUGUAGUCCCAAAACAUCUAGAGGGCUGAGUUUGCGGAUGCCUGGUCUAAACUAAUGGAUAGUUCCCUAAUUAUUCAAGCUUGCUGCUGAAUUGAUUAAGCUUAUGUGACUUAUUUAGGAAGCUCCCUUACACUGAGUCCAACUAUUGCUCCAUCUAGCUUUGUAUUGUCUACAGAGACUGGCAGCAAUUGUUCAGAGUUUCAGGCAAGGGACAUUCCCAGCCCUACCUGGAGAGGCUGAGGAUUGAAUGUGAGACCUUUUUUCAAGCAAAGCAGGUGUGCUUCCUCUGAGGUAUGCCCUUCCACUUCAGCUACAUUCCUUCCCCAAAUAUAUACUUCAUUGCAUCGAGGCAGUCACAUUGCUUUAGACUAAAGCCAGGUUCUUGGGUUGUGGAGCAAGAUCCUUCAAUAGGUUUCAAGAUACUUGCAGUAGUUUACGAAUGAUGGUUAAUGUUGGAACUUCAGAGUGAACCAUGGAUGUCAGAAGACAAAUGGCAGGUGGGCCUUUUUCUCUUCUUGUGAAUGUUCUCUUUUGCUUGAGAUGCUAUGUGGAAACUCUGCAAGCAGUAGGUAGGGGCAGAUGAUGCUUAGUUGUGCUUUGGUGUUAAUUCUUAGAGAAGCUGGGCAAAAGAAUAAAGAGGAUGGGGUGAGGAAGAUAAAGGAUGAACACUCCUGCUUUGUCUUUUUAGACAAAAAUCCUUAGUAUUCCUUCACUCCCUUCCAUAAAUCCUCAUGCCACCAGUGGGCUGUAUGUUCUCAACUGUUUUACAAACCUGUUUACAUUCAUCCAUCAAACAGAAGUUGGACCAGAAGGCAAAAUAAGUACAGGAAGGGGAUGGAUUCAAGAGGUUUCAUGGAAAUUGAGCUAGCUUAUGUUUACUUAUUUUUUAUUUUAAAAAGUUAUAAAAGCUUCCUGCCACACAAUGGAAAAUAAUAAACCAUUUAACUUAUAAACAUAUGUACUCUAGUGUGCUUCCGUAAUGUUGUUUGAUAUUUCUUGCUUCUGUGAACAUCAUGCAAAUAUUAUUUCUUUAUUAACUUACUUAGAAUUAAAGAAGAGCCAUCAGCUGUUGUCUGCCCUGUGAUCGAUGUGAUUGACUGGAACACUUUUGAAUAUUUGGGAAAUCCUGGGGAGCCACAGAUUGGUGGGUUUGACUGGAGACUGGUCUUCACCUGGCAUGUAGUACCCGAGAGGGAACAAAAACAGAGGAGAUCCGAGGUUGAUGUCAUCAGGUCAGACUGAUUUCUACUUUCUUUGAAAUAUAUUUUAAACUGCUAAACCCAUUGGGCUUACUAAACUGAAAUUUGCUUCUCAACAAGGAUUCUGAAUGUUCUAUCUAUAACACAUAAUAUAUAUGUGUAGGUUGUCAUAUAAAUUCUGCUUUUAAAAUCACAUAUGUAAAUCUUCCUCUUUCCUCAUUUGUAAACAUAGUUUUAUACUGUACAGUUCUCAGAACACAGAGAGAUUAACCAGUGGUAGUGGAGGUGAGAAGCCAGUACAUAUAUGUUUGUGUAUGUGUGUGUGUGUUACACAUCAAUAGGCCACAAAGAGAAGAUCAACUGCUGUUCAGUUCACAAGGUAAUGGCAAACGGAAUAUUGGUUACAAAUGCAUUAUGGCGUAUCUGGAAUGGGUUUUUCACAGUCAUCUUCACUGAAUACUAAAAUGUUCUUUCCAAAUUACCCUUUAAUAGGGUUGAGCAAACUCAUUCAGAAAUAGUACACUGGCACCUUGGUUUACAAUCAUAAUCCGUUCUGGAGGUCCGGUUGUAAACCAAAACAGGUUGUAACCCAAGGCACGCUUUCGCCAGUGGGGCCGCCAAAAAGGGGGGGGGGGAGAUUGUAAUCCAAAAAAAGUGUUGUAAUCCAAAAAAAAGGGACACGCACUUCUGGGUUUGACGUGGUUGUAAUCCAAAAUGGUUGUAAUCCAAAACGGUUGCAAACCAAGGUACCACUGUAAUGCAAAAUCUUACUUCUAUGUACUCGUAAUUUGUACAGGAUUUAAGCUCCCCUUUCCCUUUUACAGUUAAGGUAGUUGCAUUCUACUUUCCUCCAGACACCAGCAAUUAAAGAGAAUUAUGUACAUGCUAGUUUUUUGGAAGUAUUAAGAGUAGUAAUACUGCACUGAAGAUAGCUAUUCCUAGUGAAAAUUCAGAAAUGUUAGACCUAAUGUAAAAUAAGCUUAGUCUUGACCUAUCUCCAUGGGAUUAAUUUUACACUGAAACAAUAGGUUAAGACGUAUUGGUUACUAGCAGAGAACAAGCUGGAAUGUCAAGAUUUUAGGAGAUAGUUAAGAAUAACGUAAUUCUUCUUCCUAAUUGAAAAUUAGAGCCACUGUGCAAUGGAAGUUUUGUUCCUAUCUGAUGGCCCAAUUCCCGAAUGAAAUUGUCAACAAGUGUCAAACUAGGAUUUUGGAGUACCUGCAUCUCCAAGCAUUGUGGUGACCCAGUUUACACAUAAUAGCAAUCCAAACAGUGGCUUUGUGCGAACAAACAAGCGUGUGAGUUUCCAGAGUGAUGAUUGCAGCCAUUGUGCUCCUCCCCUGGUUUGGCUCUGCCAUGCUACUCAGUGUUGUGCUAUGGUUUGGCUUCAUGUUACACCCAGACUCAUUCUUUGUGUGGAGUGAAGCAAACCAUGAGUCCUGGUGUGACGUUAACAUAUGAGAGUGCUGGAGGUGAAAUAGUUAAACAAGUUACCCAAUCAGAACCCAGGGGGGUGGAGUCAGAGGGACUAUCAAACCAACUCUGGGAGGGGCGAAGGGGAGUUCGUUGGGAGUUGGAUGGUUGGUUGCCAUGGGAGUGAAUUGGGAUAGAGUCUGGGGGUAGGUUGAGUUGGUGUAGCGAAAUAAGCUGAGUCAGGAACAGUUAGAAGCUAGGAAGACAAGUAAAUAUCUGAGAGGUGGUUUAGUGAGUGAGAGCAGGUAGCGGUCUGGAUAGGCACCCCAUGAUUGUAAUUGACUGAGACCGUUAAUGAAACCACACGCUUGUUAAAUUGCAAUAAAUAAACAGACGUUUCUGUUCCAAAUUAACCCUGACUGGACUCAGUAUUGUACCAGGUAGGGCCUGGGUGGUGGCAGUGAGAAAUAAAGUGGUGGCACAGGGAUCAAUAGACGGUGAAACAUCUGGGGACCCUGUGUGAUCGCCACACCAGGUUCAAACAUUAAUGCUAAGUCAAACCAUGGCUUAGCCCUGGGUAGCGCAGCAGCAGCCGGGCCACAGUCUGUGCUAUAGGAACCUGCUCAUUUGCACUAAGCCAUGGUUUCCCCUAGUGUUGCAUCCAAAGUGUGAGCAAACCUCUUCAAAAUAAGUUUAUAGGCGAGGAUGUGCAUGUUCUGAGCAGGUUUUCUGGAGUUCCUGCAGGGCUGGCUCAUCAAUAAGCAAUGUGAGGCAGUCAACUCAGGUGGCAGAUCUGAUUUCCUCCAUGCAUGCCUGCCACCAUGGCCGCCUCUUGUGUGCCUGGCUGCUCCCUUUUCCGCCUUGACCUCCGCACCCCUGGCUGCUGCUGAGGAGGAGGUGGCGAAGGGGGCAGCCAGGUGUGGAGGAGGCAACGGCAGCACAUGUGUGUAGAAGAGGCAAUGGCAUCAAAGUGGGGGACCAUUUUCAGUUUUGUCUGAAGCAGCAAAAUAUCCUGGGCUGGCCCUGCAGAACUGGAUCUCAAUCGAUGCAAGACCAGCAUAUUGACGAACCAUGGAAUUAGGAUUUAGCCAGUUCUAGAUGGAGUUGCACUGCUCAAACAGAACCAAGACCAUAGGUAGGGGGUGCUAUUAUCUAGAUCCAGCCUUUCAGUGGACGUAGUUUUCAAAGUGCCUUUUAAUCAAUUUCUGUUACAUGUGUCGGCUGCAGUCCUACUUGGAAAUAUAUUGUGCCACUGUUUUCCAUGCCCUGACAACAUCCCUGUUAGAUUACUUUAAUGUGCCCCAAACAGAAUUGCUUGCUCCCUUGUAACAUCUUCAGCAGAGGGAUGGGGUAACCCCAUCAACAGAAAGAUGGUGGCUUCCCAUUUAUGGCUCUUCUUCACAUCUAUUUGUCAUGUGCCUCCUUUGCGUGUAUUUAAGUGCCAAGUGAAAAUGGUUGUUUGUCCAGGGAUAUAAUGCUAUGUAAUCAAUCUUGAUUACUGGCUGGUUGGUUGUAUGGAUUGAUGUAAGCCACUUUGGGGGACAUGGCUGAAUAACAGAGUAAAAGUAGAUUAAAUAAACAAGGUAAUAAAUAAAUAAAAUUUGACACAUACUUCGAAUUGAUACCAAAUUAUUUAACAUGCAUUAUUACUAUACCCUUCUGUUGCUUAGAAGUCAUUGGUUUUCUCAUCCUUUCCUUAGUAGAGAGGUAAAUAAUUAUUCUCCCUCUUCCUUCUGAGAUUCUUUUAAAAACGUUUGAAACUGUCAACCUGUUUUCUUUUUCCUCAAAUUUUCUUUCUUCUCGGCUGAGCGUGCCUGUUUCCUUAACUUUCCUUGUAUGAUUUGUAGCUCUCUGAAACAUUAAGAACUUUUCAACAUCCCUCUUGAACUAGAGUACCAAGAACUGCUUUCAUUUUUAGUAAAGACCAAAACAAAUAGGCUUUGAUUACUUCAGCUGCCUCUUUAUCCUCACUGUGCCUUCUUUUGUAUUGAGGAAAUAUCCAGUGUUGUCUUUGUUUUCCAUUUCCUUUUCUAACAUAUUUAAUACAAAUUCCUUUGUGUUGGUUGUGUCUUUGUCUAUCUGCAGUUCAUUUAGGCUAAAUGCCCGUCUAAUGUUCGUAUACACUGGGGACCGGGUAUUGUAUGGCAUAGAAAGAGCGAACUUGAAGAGGGGUAUCAGGAAAGCAAAAGCGGAGUACAGAGGAAAAAUUGAGGACCAUCUGAGAAAUCAUGAUACUAGACAAAUGUGGCAGGGAGUCCAACAUCUGACUGGUUAUAAAUCAAGGAAUUCAUCAGUGGUAGAGAGUAUGGCUUCCUUGGUGGGAGAGCUGAAUACCUUCUUUGCCCGAUUUGAGGUGACACCAACAGUGACUCCAACAGGGAUGCCAGAGCUAUUGGCGUCACUACCUACAGGAAAUGCUGCCAGGGUGGAAGAGGGAGAAGUGAGGCAAAUAUUAAAGGAGGUAAACACGAGGAAGGCUAUGGGCCCGGAUGGGGUGGCUGGCAGGGUGCUAAGAGAUUGUUCGGACCAAACUGGCAGGAAUCUUAUUUUAUUAAAAAAAAAAAAGAGAUUGUUCGGACCAACUGGCAGGAAUCUUUACGAAGAUUUUUAACCAGUCUCUGGCCCAAGCCACUGUUCCACCCUGUCUGAAAUCUGCUACUAUUAUACCCCUGCCAAAAACAUCAAAGAUAGACAGUCUGAAUGAUUUUCGCCCUGUGGCACUGACACCCAUUAUAAUGAAAUGUUUCAAAAAACUGGUGAGGAAGCGCAUCUUAUCUUGUCUGCCAGUGGGACUUGACCCUUACCAGUUUGCGUACAAGGCAAAGAGAUCCACAGAGGAUGCUGUGGCAAUGGCUUUACAUUCUGUCCUGACUCAUUUGGAGAAGCAAGGGAACUACGCGAGACUGUUAUUUGUAGACUUUAGUUCUGCAUUUAAUACUAUUCUUCCGCAUAGAUUGGUGCCCAAAUUAUUAGACCUGGGACUUCCACCAUGUUUGUGCAGGUGGCUAUUAGACUUUCUAUCAAACCGCUCCCAAAGGGUCAGGUUGGGUUCCCACGUCUCUGCGGAUCUCAUCACGAAUACGGGGACGCCUCAGGGGUGCGUGUUGAGCCCGCUUUUAUACAUGCUCUAUACAGCUGACUGUGCCCCCAAAUACCCCACUAAUAAGAUCAUUAAGUUUGCAGAUGAUACAAGGGUGGUUGGUUUAAUUACGGCUGGAGAGGGGGAGACGGCCUAUAGGAAGGAAGUUGAGCAGUUGGGGGAGUGGUGCAGGAAAAACAACUUACUGCUUAACUUAAAGAAAACAAAAGAGAUCAUUGUGGACUUUAGGAAAUGUAAAUUGAAUAUUCAGCCACUUAUUAUUGAGGGAAGUGCGUGGAACAGGUCUCAGUGUUUCGAUUUCUGGGAAUGGAGUUGAGAGACGACCUAACCUGGGGAGAGAACAGCAAAGACCUGGUGAAGAGAGCACAGCAGAGGUUAUAUUUUCUGAGAAUCCUCCGGAAAAACAAUCUCUCAAAGGACCUGUUGAUGGCAUUCUACCAUUGCACUGUAGAGAGCGUACUAACUUAUGGUCUGUGCGUGUGGUUUGGGAGCUGCACGGCCAGGGAAAAAACAAUGCUAUCCAGGGUUGUAAAGACUGCAGAGAGAAUAAUUGGGUGCACUCUUCCCACCUUAGAUCAAAUCUGUGCUGCCAGGUGCCAUAAGAAAGCGGCAGAGAUAGCACAUGAUAGUACGCACCCCGGAAAUGAUCUCUUUCAGCUUCUGCCUUCUGGAAGAAGGUAUAGGGUUAUAAAGGCCAGGACUAGCCGCCUGAAAAACAGUUUCUACGCUAAUGCAAUUCUGGUUCUAAACGCAGCAUAAGGGGUCUCUGUAGUAUAGUGUUUUUUAAAAUGGGGUUUUAGAGUUUUUAGGGGUUUUUGAAUGUUUUAUGUAGUUUUUAUGUAGUUUUAUGUAGUUUUGUGGUAGUUUUAUGUAGUUUUUAUGUAGUUUUAUGUAGUUUUCAAUUUCAUUGUUCCGCAAGGGACAAUGACAAUAAAGAUAUCGUAUCGUAUCGUAGUGCCUUCUUUUUUGGGGUUUAGGCUGUACAGCAAUCCUAACUCCGCUUACCUGGGAAUAAACCAUUUUAAAUUCAACAGACCUUACUUCUGAAUAGACAUGGUUAGGAUUACACUUAAAGCCUUUUCUAGAAGCUAAUGUGGUGUAGAGGGCUGGACUGUGACCAAAGCCAGUCAUGAUGGUCACCAUGGGCUAAUAAUCUAUAUCUAAUUUAUUCAUAGGAUCAUUCUGAACGUUUCUUAAAUGUUAAUUUCAAAAUAUAUGUCCCACCUUUCUAUAUAAUAAAAGGCAGCUUAAAAACAAAAUAAAACAGUACACUGUGAUAACAGUAAAUAACAAUGGGGGAUAAAAUGGAGGGCAUUCAUACUAGAUAUGCUUUAUCAAUACAAUCUGCCCUUUUCGCUCUUGGAUCUGUCACAUUAGUUUAAAUUAUUGUUUUUCUGGUAUCUUCACCUUUCUCUCUAAAUGAGUUUUGGUGUCUUGUAUUUGUAGUUUGAUCAUUAAACAAAAAACAAAAAAGCCCGCUAGCCAUUUUGGGCACAGUGCUACCUAUAAAUCAGAGGGUGGCUGGGAAACCCCUUUCAUUCCAAGGUCCACAUUCCCUCAAUAGUGUGUGUGGCCAGAAAUAUACAAUCCUCAAUCCAGGCAAGCAAGAGGUAUAAUCACAGUUCAAAGAUACAUUCCAUCCUAAUAAAAAGCAUCAGAGGAGGGUGCAGGGCCUGUGAGGGUCAUGGCCUACAUAGAGUCCUGAGGGCUGGAUAGAGAGAAUGAAGGACCACAUUUGGCCCCUGGAUCCAAGGGUCCCCCAUCCCUCCUGUAAAUUAGCUGUGAAUGUGCUUGGUUUACAGAGGAAUCCUAACAGUGUCUACUGAAAAGUAGGUCCUACUCAAUGCAGUAGGACUUCCUCCCAGGUAAAUGGGGUUAAGGUUGCAGCCUUAAUCUUUCUAGUUUGCUUGGAGGUCAGUUAGAAUUUAAGUAAUACCAUUCAGUAAAUGUAUGUUUGUGUAAUAACAUUCUAAUGUGCCAUUAACUCUAAUGUGCAGCUCAGUUUUCAGAACCUUGAAACCAAAAAAAGUAUUUGCUGGAGAAUGUAAAUGUUCCAUCGAAUCUAAUGUGCACCUUAAUUUUUGCAACGUAAGUUGGCCAAAAAAGUUGAGCAUUAGAUUUGAGUAGAUACAGUAUAUGUGUGUACCUUAUUUUAAGAUGUCUGCCUGCCUAUCUAUCAUCUAUCUAUUAUCUAUCUAUCAUCUAUCAUCUAUCUAUCUAUAUCUAUCUAUCUUUCUAUCUAUCUAUCAUCUAUCUAUCUAUCUUUCUAUCUAUCUAUCUAUCUAUCUAUCAUCUAUCUAUUAUCUAUCCAUCAUCUAUCUAUCUAUCAUCUAUCUAUCAUCUAUCUAUCUAUCUAUCACAGCCUUUGAACCCUUAUUCUUUUAAAGUAUUAAAUAAUUUGGAUUUAUUAGCCUAGUUGUAAUCGAGCAGCCUGUGAAAGCAGAAUGUAUUUUAUCACAAACAUUUCUUGAAACCAAAACUUGUCUUGUAAAAUGUUAAUAUCUCCCUCCUUGUUUUCUUGGUAACGUAUGAAUAAGUUGCAUUCUGGGCCAUGGACAUUUCUUGUAAAAGGUGUACCAUUAAUAAUAUGGCACUGAUAUGUUGAGCCACCUAAUGAUGCUUGUUACAGAAAAACAAUGUGUUCCCUAAUGUCAGAGUUACUUUCCUCUCAUAGGUCUCCUACUAUGGCUGGUGGGCUCUUUGCAGUCAGUAAGCAUUAUUUUAGCUACCUCGGCUCUUAUGACACAGGAAUGGAAGUCUGGGGAGGAGAAAACCUUGAAUUUUCAUUCCGGGUAAGUAACGUUAUUGGAAGUAGCCCUGAAACAUUCCCCUCCACGCAAAUCUCAUUAAGCUCCUUAUGUCUCCUGCAUGAAUAACUGUCUUUUAAAGGAAAUAUGCAAGUAGUGUAGUGUAAGUUGUUAAUCAAACCAGUCCUUGCCAGUGCUAUUAUGAAUACAAAGUCUAGUUCAUUCUCCUGAGCUGCUUCUGUUAUCCAGAACUAGGUAGUUGUAAUAACAUUCAUAUUUUGUAGUCUAGUGCUCUGAUGGAUAACUAGCUGGUGAUUCCGUAGUUUCAGGCAAGUCCUACCAAAUGUUAAUGGAAGUAAAAUUGUACUUGCUAUGCCCCAUUUAAGGAAAAUAAAGGUAAAGGGGACCCCUGACCAUUAGGUCCAGUCAUGGCCGACUCUUGGGUUGCGGCGCUCAUCUCGCUUUAUUGGCCGAGGGAGCCAGCGUACAGCUUCCGGGUCAUGUGGCCAGCAUGACUAAGCCGCUUCUGGAGAACCAGAGCAGCGCACGAAAACGCCGUUUACCUUCCCGCCAGAGAUACCUAUUUAUCUAUCUGCACUUUGACAUGCUUUCGAACUGCUAAGUGGGCAGGAGCAGGGACCGAGCAAGGGGAGCUCACCCUGUCGCGGGGAUUCAAACUGCCAACCUUCUGAUCGGCAAGUCCCAGGCUCUGUGGUUUAACCCACAGCGCCACCCGCGUCCCUAAAUAUUUCCCCCCAAAGAUGAACAUAUUCCCUACUUAAAAUUAAUGGGACAUAAACAUACAAGCUUUCUUUGGACUGAGGUGUUUGGGUUUUGUAUGGAUUGUAAUGUCUAAUCAUACGCGUAUGAUCCAUAACUGCAAACUCAUUUCUUCUUGGUAUCACCACAUGUUAUUAUCAAGCUUGGUUAUAUGUAAAUAGUGUAGGUUGCAUGGCAGUUCCUGCCUCCACAUCACUGUUUAGAGAAUAGAGCAACAUCUGAGAAUAUUAGAUGUCAUACUAAGUAUGGAACUUGUAGAUUAAACUUCCCAAAACACUCUGUACUGCAUCUACCUAUAAAGAAAACGUACAUACUGUAAUGCUUCAGUCUAAUACCGCUACUUAAAUUGUAUACUCUUUGAUCUUAAUAUAGUAUCUAAUUGAACGGAUCUAAUGCACAAAUGAGCCAAUAAUUAUUUCAUGCUGUGAAAUGCCCAGGCAUCUCUUCUAUCCUCUUAGCUGAAGUGUCCUCCGUAGCCACCCGCUGACUCCGUGUAUAAAAUACAUUCUUCAACUAAUUACAUCCUGUGUAAAGAUACUCAAUGACUCUGCCCACAGGACAAUGCAGACAAAACAGGACAAAGCAGAAGGCCAGUGCAUAUCUGCUCAAAGUUCACAAGGAAGAAAUCCAAAUGUAGGAAAUAUCAAUGUUGUAUGCUUCCAGUAAUAAUUGUGCUAGACUGUUGACAUAAGGUCCUUGCAAUAUUUGAUUGUGUUCACAUGGCAUGAGAGAUCAAACUUUAGGCAGAUUUUUAGGGGAGGAAUCAUAAAUAUUGGGUGGUAUUCAACUAAGUUGAAUAAAAAAUAAAAAAAAUAUUAUUAUGAACUUCUACUCAGAGUAGACCCACUGAAAUUAAGUUAGGUCCAUUAAUUACAAUAGUUCUGCUUAGCUGAAUACCACCCAUAGAAUAGACCUUGAAAUAUGCAUGGAGUUAAACUAAGCUACAGAGACUGACACAAAACAGAGCUAGCCAGAACUGGUAAUGGAAAGGGAUUCAGGAGGAAGUGUGGCAGGAGUAUUUGCUCAACUUCUGAAGCAUUACCUUGAGCUGCUGUGGUACAAAUAGCUUCUUAAACAGCUGCUGCUUAAGCCAGUUCAUAGGAUAGGGCUGCAAUGUUGCAUGCAUAUAAUACAGACUGUUUUGUUUGUUUUUCUUUAUUUUAUUUAGAUCUGGCAGUGUGGAGGAAGUCUUGAGAUCCAUCCUUGUUCUCACGUGGGACAUGUUUUCCCAAAGCAAGCUCCCUACUCAAGGGCAAAGGCUUUGGCUAACUCUGUCCGUGCUGCAGAAGUGUGGAUGGAUGCAUAUAAAGAGCUUUAUUACCACAGAAAUCCACAUGCACGCAAGGUAAGCUUACUGUUCAGAUCACUUUUCUGAGGAGCCCGUCACCUAAAUUUUGACUCUAGAGGGAAAAGGGGAGAGGCAAGGCAGCAAAGGGUAUUAUUUAUGCCAGGCACAUAAUUUGAAUUGCCUUGGUGCAUGUCUGUUUUUGUAACGCACUGAGAACAGAGAGCACUUUUUGCAGGGCUGUUAAUCCAUCUCACAAAAGUGACAAAAUUCCUAAAGAAUGGGAAUGGUCUCCAAUGAAGUAGAUCUACUAGCACGAGGACUUACGGCUGUGCAAGGGAACUUUCCUUUCCUCCCCACACUCUGCCUCCCUAAAUCUCUUCUGAUGUUUUCCCCAACUCCCCUGGAGCAAAUUUGGGGAAGGUGCAGAAGAAGAGGACAGAGAGGGAAAAUUCCAUUGCACAAGUGGAAACCCGUGCAGUAGUGGAUCUACUUUAUUGGAUACUGCCCCUUAGUGUUUUGCCAGUUUGAAAAAGAAUAGGCUUCAUAAUCUUGAUAAUUAUAGGUUAGCUAUCCUGACUAGAAUAACUGAACUGUUGAUAAAUACAUAACUCUACAUUAAAGGAAAGAUUUUGAUGGUAGAAUUAUAAUUAUUACAAUUAUAAUUAUUGCCAAUCAAUGUGGUUUCAGGAUUAGUAUUACCAAAUACAUUUAUAAUCUUGAGAAAAUGUGAUCAGUUGGAUAACUAUAAAUAGUUGGUUCUAGUAAUCUGAUUUUAAUAUAGAAGAGUAAAACUUAAGAAGGAUCACAGGAAAAAGGAUUACUCUGGUACCCAAUAGCUCCUGGUGGCAUUACAUGAAAUCGAGGGUCCUUCUGCCGGGACAUUUGAGGGUAUCUAAUUCAAAACUCCAUAGGUUGGACCUCUGCUACCAUCAGGUGGUCCUAACAGAAGGGAGAGGCAAUUCUGCCAAAGCCGCCAGUAUCCUCAAAAAAGCUGUUCCAUAUGGUUAGAGAACCCUCUGAAACAGUGUGGGAGGUAAUACAUGGAGCACUAGGAAGGGGGAAUUGGCAAAAAUAGCUUCCUUCCGUCCCCACCUUCUGCAUCAGGAGCCUCCACUGGACUUCUGUCUCUUCUGCAAAUGGAAGGGGAAACCUGCAUCUAGUCCAGUAGGUUUAUUAAUGAUUUUGAAUAGUAAUAUUGCAGAUGAUCAAGGUUACAGCUGGUCCUAAAAAUGUUGAGGUUAGGUUGGGAUAUGAUUAAAUAGAUACCAAACAGUCUGGCUCAGUUAAUGGGCUGGAUACAAUCAAAUACCACACAUUUCUAAUGAAGGUAAGAACACAAACUCCCUGAUCUAGAAAUCUGUAAUAUGUACUGGUACUGCAGAUAAGGGGGGAUUAUGGUGUUUGUACUGAGUUACCUUUGUGAGACUUCACACAGAUUUUGUCUGGGUUUGGGUCCUUCACUAUAAGCUAUGAUGCUUGACUAUAGGGAAUUUUGCUGGUAACUAACCCUCUUUCAAUUGUGGUCAUACCAUCGGAGCCAACCCCUAGGGGCUGAGGUCCCUUUGACACCCCCCCUAAAUAUUUGAGGGGACCAGCCCCUCCCCAAGUUGAGGUGCAUUGCCAUUCAAAUAGUGUGUGGGGGCCAUGUCAUGUGAUUGAUUAUGUAAGGCAGGGCUUACCUCCCCCCAAUAUUUAAUUCAAGCUGGCAUCCCUGGGUCAUACUAAAUAUGGUCUUUGCUCUAUCAGGAUAGUAUUAGGAAAUAGUGUUUGAAGGUCAGUGACUUGCUGUGAACAUGUGCAUCAGUUUUAUUGCAGUAACAAAACUAAAGUUUGGAUGUGAAAUCAGAACAUCCAAGUAGAAAAAGCAUAUAGAAUAUUAACUUAAUGAUGCUUGUAUGUUGAUGUCCUAUUUUGACCACACUUUAAAAGGCUGGAGGAGGAGGAGAUUUAUAUACUUAGCAUUACAUUUUAUCUGUUUCUACUUUCAGGCCUGCACAAAUUGUGACUAACCAAGGAAAAAAACCAUGGUGUACCAGCCAUGUUUUGUGGCCUGCCAGAAUCUAAUAGCUUCCCCUAUCCCAACCCCAUUUUUGCCAUUUCAACCCAGUAGCAGAAUGUUAUGACUAUAUGACUGGUGGGCUGAAUUCAGCUUGGUAGGUCACAGGUUGUACAAACCUGACAAAUAUUCCAUGCAAAUGGACUCCCAUUUCCCUCCUGACAUUUCAAAGUUUAUGCUGUAGCUUUCCUUAUGUUGAAAUUUUAAUUUACUUUCGGUUUUCUUUUUAGGAGCCUUAUGGAGAUGUGACAGAAAGAAGAUUUCUUCGAGAGAAGUUGAAAUGCAAGGAUUUCAAGUGGUACCUGGAUAAUAUUUACCCAGAACUCCAUGUGCCAGAGGACAGGCCUGGCUUUUUUGGGAUGGUAAGUAAAAUGUUUUUUUAAGAGGGGUUUUUCGUAAGACUGACUUCUCUCCUUCAGGAUAGUUUGGCAAGGCAGAAAUCAGCAGAAAGUGUAAUAAGUUCAAAUCUCACCCUAGCCAUGAAUUCACUAGGUAGCUUUAGGUAAUCCACUGUCUCUCAGCACUCGACACUGUGGGGAUAAUAAUUUGUACCUUGUACAGAGCUAUUGUAAGAAGUACUGAGAAUGUGCAAAAACCACCUUCUUGACUAAAGGACCUACUAUUGGUCUCGUCUGCUCAGCCCGCCAGAAUCUAUAUUCACAUGCAGGGAAAGUCCCAAACUGACCCGAGGGUUUGAAACACAUCAGCUACCCUCAUCUGGUUUAGCAAAAUGAAUGUUAAUAGGGACAAAUGUAGGGUUCUGUACGUAGGCAGGAGAAUCAGAUGCACAAAUAUAGGAUGGGGGACACCUGGCUUGGCAGCAGUACAUGUGGAAAGGAUCUAGGUGUCUUAGCAGACCACGUACUUAACAUGAGUCAACAGUGUGAUAUAGCAGCAAAAAUAGCUAAUGCAGUUCUAGGCUGCACCAACAAAAGUAGAGUGUCUAGAUCAAGGAAGGUCAUAGUACCACUCUGUUCUACCUUGGUCAGACGCCACUGGUAGCCCAUCUAGGAGAAGGUAACUCUGAUCCUAAACCUCUGCUGCCUUGCAGGAUAUAUUCAGGAGCAGAAAAGGCUAAGGAGUAAACCUUACACAAAUUGGGAGUGGAGUCCCUAAGGUGGUUGGAGAGCACCUUGUAUGCAUCCUUCUGGCAGCUCCUGCAGCCAAGCUGGUGCCAAACAUGUUGCUCUGCUUUCCUUUACACUGCACCAGUGAGGCUGAGAGGAGGGGUCUUGUCAUCUGGGCAGCCCAGAACCUCCAUACACACUGCCCACUGCCCAGUCUUUCGCCCCAGGGAGGUCAUUUUGGCGCUGCUCAUGCAGCAGUUUGACAUCACCCCCGGAGGUGCACUCCAUUGUCUCUCAAGUCAGACAGAUGCCAACAACAACUGAGAAUUUGAAAAACUUUGAAACGUUAUAGACGUGCUUAUCAUUUUAAAAUUGAAUGAUUCUUGAAUUUAUAUACAGUGGUACUUUGGUUCUCAAACUUAAUCAGUUCCGGAAGUUCGUUCCAAAACCAAAGCAUUCCAAAACCAAGGCAUGCUUUCCCAUAGAAAGUAAUGCAAAAUGAAUUAAUCUGUUCCAGACUUUUAAAAACAACCCCUAAAACAGCAGUUUAACAUGAAUUUUACUAUCUGAGACCACUGAUCCAUAAAAUGAAAGCAAUAAUCAAUGUACUGUACUAUAAAAUAAAGAAGACAGUAUUGUAGAUGAUAAAAAAAAUAAUCCUUACCUGCACUGAUGAUAGUCAUUGUUUGGAUGGGGGGCAGGCGGCUUUUAUCCAUUUCUGCAGUCACACAGUCUUGGCGUUUAAGAACCAAGGUGUUUGAGAACCAAGGUACCACUGUAUAACUAGGUCCUUCUGGAGCUCAUCAAGGGUCCAAAAUCGUAUUUGCAGCAGUAACCAGCUAGAUGCUUCCCACUAAUUAGAUCCCAUGAUAAGGAUGGUAUAAUGCAGGGGUCAGCAAACUUUUUCAGCAGUUGGGAGGCCAGAGUAUAUUUUUUUUGGGGGGGGGGGAAUUAACAAAUUGCUAUGCCCCACAAAUAACCGAGAGAUGCAUUUUAAAUAAAACGACACAUCCUACUCAUGUAAAAACAUGCUGAUUCCCAGACUGUCCACGGGCUGGAUUGAGAAGGCGAUUGGGCUGCAUCCGGCCCCCGGGCCUUAGUUUGCCUACCCAUGGUAUAAUGCCACUAUAAAGGAGCCAUGCUUUUUUUCUGGGAAUACCCCUUCACAUGUGUGCCACUACCACAAUAUGUUAACAUUCACCAUAUGUCAUGUGUAAGUGUAUUAUGUAAUAUAUCAGAUAACUGGCUAACAAACGUUCCUCCAGUGGCUUCCUUUCUGCUGUCUACCAAGAGGAUACCUCUCCAGUAUUGUCUGGGCUGUCUUCCCCAUAGCUGAAAACAUCUUGCCCAGUCAUGCUUGCUUUAUGUUAUAUUUCCUCCCCUCUACUGGUUUUAUUAGUUCUUGGCAGAUCCUUUCUUUAUGAAAUCCCUUUUCUUUUUUUUGUGAUACUGCUGUGAAUUUCCUUGAAGGGAAAAUUAUUCUUCUUUUUAUGUAGCUCUUGGGUCUGACAUUUUGAGUUCAAUGCAAAUAAAGAAAGAAUCAGUUCAUUCCAUGCUUGUUUUCACUGGGGAGAACUAUGUUUACGACACAUACAGCUUCCCAGCAAAUUAGUACACAGAAGACCUGAAAGUUCUUCCAAUGAGGAUUCAGUCACAUUAUAUUUGACCUGGCCUAAAGAAAUUUGGAGCUAGGGUCAAUAGUAAUUCAUAUUGAAAUUAUUAUUAUUAUUAUUCAUGACACUUCUCAACAGUAAAUUCUCAUUUGCUACCUCAUUCUACGUAAAAAAGUGAAUAUAAAGUUAGAUUAUAAAAAUAGUCCAUAUACCAAGUGAGUGAAUUUUGACCAUUGGUCUUCAUCACCAGCUUGUAUUUGACAUUUCAAGACCAAUUAUAGAAUGUGGGAGUCCUCCCUGGCACAAAGAACAGUCAGCAUGUUUUUAAAAGCUCCAGGGCAUAUAUUUUCAGGCCGUUACCAACACAAUCUGGAGAGGAAACUCCCCCAAAAAUAUAAUUGUAUUCUAUGUGUGGUACCUGACUAAGUCAUAUUCACAGUAGAGCCCCUGAAAUCAGUAGGCUUAUGUUACUAGUCAGGACUAACUUAAGAUCAUUGGUUCCUACUAUUUAGUUGUUAUGGUUUCUCAUUAAAAAAAAUAAAAUCUUAUUGCUGCAUCUGAAGUGAUACUGAAUUAUAAGCUGCUAAAUUAGUAGUUUUUAAAGUGCAAUGACUGAUGGGAUGUUUGGAUUGUGGGCUGGUAUCUCUUAACUGCCUUUUGCUGCCUUUCAGCUGAAGAACAGAGGGAUGGCAAAUUAUUGUUUUGAUUAUAAUCCUCUUGAUGACCAUGAUAUAACAGGACGUGUAGUCAUAUUAUAUCCUUGUCAUGGCAUGGGACAAAAUCAGGUAAGAUUUUCCCUUUACUUCCAUUAGAGGGUCGAAAUGUAGUUGCCCUUUCUUUGUGCGUUUUUUUUAUAUUAAAAUAUUUACAACCCACUCUAUCCUGCUUGAUCUCAGGCAGGACAUCUACUUUGUAUAUUGAAGUGUUGUAUUAAUGAAUUAACGCACACAAAACAAUAAACAAUGAACACUAAUCUUAAAGCACAAAGCAAAGUGUAGUAAAGGUAAAGGGACCCCUGACCAUUAGGUCCAGUCGUGGCCAACUCUGGGGUUGCGGCACUCAUCUUGCUUUAUUGGCCAAGGGAGCCGGCGUACAGCUUCCGGGUCAUGUGGCCAGCACGACUAAGCCGCUUCUGGCGAACCAGAGCAGAGCACAGAAACGCCGUUUACCUUCCCGCUGGAGUGGAACCUAUUUAUCUACUUGAACUUUGACGUGCUUUCGAACUGCUAGGUUGGCAGGAGCAGGGACUGAGCAACGGGAGCUCACCCCAUCGCGGGGAUUUGAACCGCCGACCUUCUGAUCGGCAAAUUGUAGUACCAGGCAGCAAAUUUUGACAGUGCACAAAUGCCUGAGUAAAUAAUCAGUUUUUAACCUGGCACCAAAACAAAGCCAAAGUUGUUCCAGGUAGAGGAGGCCAUUCCAUAACCAGGGCAUCAGGCCUCUUUUCUACAUCUCAACAUAAUGGGCAUCUCCUAAAAAUGGUAUCUUAAUGAGCCAAUCUCAGUGUUCAGGCAGUUUGCUUGUUUGUUUAUAAAUUCAACCAUAUAACACCAUAGUGGAGAGAGAUGCUGCUUCAAAUACCCUAAGUUCCCAUUUCUUUAGAGAGCCAGUGUGGUGUAGUGGUUAAGAGCGGUAGUCUCGUAAUCUGGGGAACCGGGUUCGCAUCUCCGCUCCUCCACAUGCAGCUGCUGGGUGACCUUGGGCCAGUCACACUUCUUUGAAGUCUCUCAGCCCCACUCAACUCACAGAGUGUUUGUUGUGGGGGAGGAAGGGAAAGGAGAAUGUUAGCCGCUUUGAGACUCCCUAAAGGGAGUGAAAGGCGGGAUAUCAAAUCCAAACUCUUCUCUUCUUCUUCUUCUUUCGGGUUUUAUUGACUCUAAAUUUAUGAAAUAGGCCCAGAAGUGUAUUUGGAAUCAGUGCUAUGCAUCUUAACUCUGGCUUCAAUAUGUAGUUCCACUUAGCAGCCUAGCUGCCACAUUUUACACUAACUGAAACUUCAACGUCUUCAUCAGAAACAGCCCCAUAUAGAGUGCAUUACAGUCACUGAACUGGGGACUACUAGAGCAUGAAUUACUGUGGAGAUGCUAUCCCUGAUCAAGAACGACUGUAGCUGGUAGAUCAAACUGAAGUUGGCCAAACAGACUCCAAGCCAUACACCUGCUCCUUUGGGGCAGGGUGUCUUGUGUGUCAAAACGCUUCCAUGUUGUUUGCCUAAUUCCCAUACACAAAAACCAUCAACCCACAAGGCCUCUGUCUUGUUGGGAUUCAGUCUGUUUAUUAGUUCAUAUGCAGACACCCAUCCAGCACUCCACAACUUCCCCUAACUUGGUAGAUAUGGAUUGGGUGCUAAUGGCACCCAACUCUAAACUUCACCCAGCGGCUUCAUACAGAUAUUACAUGAAGCAUGUUCCCAGCAGCAGGGGGUGUGGGGGAUCAAAGCAGCUGUAGUUUUAGCACUAUGCACCAGAAAGCUGUGUACACCAGGCAUAGGCAAACUCGGCCCGCCAGAUUUUUUGGGACUUCAACUCCCAUGAUCCCUAGCUAACAGGACCAGUGGUCAGGGAUGAUGGGAAUAGUAGUCCCAAAACAUCUGGAGGGCUGAGUUUGCCUGUGCCUGGUGUACACCUUUAAACCAUGGUUAAGCCUGACUGUGGGUUUAAAGUGACAUGCAAAUUGGUAAAAUAAGUUCUUUCAAAGUCUAAAGUUGUUUCAAAGUGCUAAAUUGGAUCAUUCUCUAGGGUGAUGCAGAUUACUCAAAUUUGCAUACAACUUUUUCCACUACAAUUUUUCCCUCUGCAAAACCCACUUCACUGAUUGCAACCGCGGGAGGCUUUGUUUUUAUGGUCUAAGAUCUAAAUUCUGGUGGGAUUCAUCUCCUGGGCUGGAUCCUGGCAUAGCCAGAGUGAGUAUUGGUGUGCACUUCGCCUUUCCCAGCUGGCUGCAUGUCUCUUCACUGCUGUUGCAGAGCCUGCAGCAGGCUUUGUUUGAAGCUCUUAGCCCCACAGCUUCUUCUGCUGUAACAGCUGCUCUCACAUUUGAGGUCCUCCAACUCACUCAGGGCUAAAUGGAGGAGGAAGGUUUUUGCCUUUUCAGCUGCUUUCUCUCUGCUCAGUACUCUGUGGAUCAAACGAACAAACCUUUAUUAACGCUGUAAAUCUCCUGUCCUGCCCCCAAUUCCCACAACCCCUUCUUUCCCUCCUCUUUCUUCUCAUGGUCCUAGCUGAUUAUGAAAUACCCUCCCCAGAGAUUCUUGUUUGGCACCUACCAUCCUAUCUUUUAGGUGCAGAGUUAAAAUUAUUCUAUUCCCCUGGGCUUUUGGUAAGUAAAAGCACAAUCCUUUUGUCGUUUGUUGUGUGCCAAUUUUCCUGCUGCUUGUUUCUGUUAUUGAUUUGUUUGUGUUUUAAACUUGUGUGAAUUUUAUAUUUUGUCUUGGAUUGUAAGCCACCUUGAAGACCUGGUAGAAAGGCAGGGUAUAGUAUUUUUAAAAAAUAUAAAAUGCUGCAUCCCUAUAUACCCUACUGCCAGGGAUGAACCUGUAUUGAACACAGUGGGACUUCUUAGCAAACAUGCAUAGGUUUCCUCUGUAAGCUGCCAAAAUACCACUAACCACUUGCCCCUGACUAGUCCUUCAUUAAUCCUCUUUCUACCCAUUUCCCUGUCAUUUUCUUGGAUAGUUUUAUAUGUGUUCCUUUAUAUUCAUUACCACUAACUACUGUUACAUAAUAAUAAUAAUAAUAAUAAUAAUAAUAAUAAUAAAUUUAUUAUUUAUACCCCGCCCAUCUGGCUGGGCUUCCCCAGCCACUCUGGGCGGCUUCCAAAAAAAAUAUUAAAAUACUCUAAUACAUCAAACAUUAAAAGCUUCCCUAAACAGGGCUGCCUUCAGAUGUCUUCUAAAAGUCUGGUAGUUGUUGUUCUCUUUGAUGUAUUGGCAGUAGUUAGUGCCUGAUGAACGAAUUACCAAAAACAAUCCAUGUCGGGGCUGCAAUUCAGAAAGGUUACAGUUGUUGCUACUGGAUAUGUUAAUUUAGUUCCUGGUCUGGAGGACCCACCCAAAAAAUACGACUUUUUUGCAUUUAAGCUCUAGAAGGCUGUCUGUCUGAAUGUCACACAUACAUACCUAAAGUUUUAGUCGAGAUUUUAUUUCCGUUUGGGGUUUACAGUUUUUUGAAUACACCUCCCACAAUGAAAUACGUUACAACACACGGCAACCUGAAGUCUGCGCAGCGGUUGAUCCGGGAUCUGAUUAUUUGAAAAUGUAUUUGUGCCAAGAAGGUAUCCAGAACAUUCCUGAAAAUCAGAAAAUUUUCUUUAGAGAGGUAAGGAUACAGCACAGUCUUUUUGCUUGCAUUGUACAGCCAGCAGCCAUUAGCAAUGAGUUAAUGGGUUAGGGCUCAGUCCCCGAAAGAAGCUUCAAACAGAAUUGCUCUCUAGAAUAGUGGGGUGGCAGUUCAUUGCUUGCUUCCCUUCACUCACUGAAACUACUUCAAAUGUAUUCAUGCUUAAGAAGAAGGUUGGUUUUAAUACAAUGUGAGGGUCAGGGGUCUGAAAGCUGUUGCCCAUCUGUGUCGUCCCCCCCAUCUGCACCUGAAAGAUCAGGAAAUAUAUUUACAACAGAGCGUUGAGUGGAUUUCCUGGAUAAGCUUCCACUGUAGAUUGCAGCACCACUUGAUAGGCGCAACCCCAGUUGAUAGGUAAAGGUAAAGGGACCCCUGACCAUUAGGUCCAGUCGUGGCUGACUCUGGGGUUGCGGUGCUCAUCUCGCUUUAUUGGCCGAGGGAGCCGGCGUACAGCUUCCGGGUCAUGUGGCCAGCAUGACUAAGCCGCUUCUGGCAAACCAGAGCAGCACACGGAAACGCCGUUUACCUUCCCGCCGGAGCGGUACCUAUUUAUCUACUUGCACUUUGAUGUGCUUUCGAACUGCUAGGUUGGCAGGAGCAGGGACCGAGUAACAGGAGCUCGCCCCGUCACAGAGUUUUGAACCGCUGACCUUCUGAUUGGGAAGUCCUAGGCUCUGUGGUUUAACCCACAGCACUGCCCGCAUCCCUUAACCCCAGUUGAUACUGGACUGCAAAGAAUGAUAAUAUGCCUUCCUCUUUUAAGGCAGAUAUGCUAUCUGAAACCGCUGUAUACGGUUGGUGAUUUGCAGAUCCAGGCCAUUGCACCCCUUCACCAAAGUAUUUUUGAUUGACUAAGGAAAAGGAGGACGUACCCUCAAAUUUUAAACUUCAUAUCAGAUUAAAAUCCUUUUUUGAUUUCACUUUCUUCAGCAGGUAUAUGUUUAAAUUGUUGCUCCCUUACUACAUAGACUGCUUCAGCUACAUUGUGAUAAUUACUACCAACAACUUUGUCAGAACUUCCAGCGAAUUGUUGAGUUGAAAGGGACCCUGAGGGUCAUUUAGUCCAACUUCCUGCAAUGCAAGAAUCUCAACUAGAUCAUAGAAUCUUAGAGCUGGAAGGGACCCAGGGGUCAUCUAGUCCAACCCCCUGCAAAGCAGGAAUCUCAGCUAAAACAUCCAUCACAGAUGACCAUCCAGCUUCUACUUAAAAACCUCCAAGGAAAGAGAGUGCACUACCUCUCAUGGGAGUCUGUUCCUAAUGUUUAUAAACAGCAUUUAAGUAUGAAAUAGUUUUGCCAGAACUCAUGUUAAAGUUAAUUUCUACACUGAUCAGCAAAGGCUGCCUUCGGAGGGUUUCAAGAAAAAGAGUUCUCCUUAAUUACCAUUGUCUUGACAGAGAGUCAGUUGCUUACUAAGAGUGACUGAAGUUGCUAAAUAAUCUUCAGAUUCUGAGUCUGCACACAAAAAAUAUUGACAGAAUCCCACGCCUCUUUGCUUUUCUGUUAGUCUUCCUUCUUUCAGUUAGACUAAUAAAAAGCUAAAAAGCGAUGUUGAUAAGUGCAUUAUCAGCUGGACUCUCAAAUAUUAUUAUACUGUCUUUACUGUAAAGUAUAAAGUGUUCUGUACCAUCUUUUGUAGGAUGGAACGUUACUCCAUGUGCAGACCCAGAAGUGCUUACAAGCAGAAUCUAAUGCUUAUGAUGGCAAUUCAGCACCUUUAUUACGGCCGUGUUCCAAUUCAGAAUACCAGAAGUGGUUUUUCGAGGAAAGGAGCUGAUGUGGAACUCCACUAUUUUGUGCAAGAAAAUAAUUGAAAUGGAAGAAAGAAAACCUUUAUUUUUUUUAUGCAGAAGGGCUGCACUUUCCCUUUUCUACUUUCCUGGAAUACUAGCAGGCAUUGUAAUGUAUAUAUUAAAUUGGUACAGAUUUUCCUACAAAAGAAAUCCGUACCUUACUUGGCAGCUAUAUGACUUCUCCAAAAGUGUCCUAAUCCCACCCCUGCCCCUGCCAAAAGGCCAUGUAUUUAUAUAAACCUGUUAGGUAUGGUAAUGAAAUGCAAACGAUUGCACUAACAUUUGACAACGUAAAUAUUUAUUUUUUUAGCAAGAGUUUCUGCAGUUGUGUCUCUCUAAGAGAUAUUAAAAUGGGCCAAAUUUUGCUGUGAAAUGUGUGAUUACAGGAGAUUUCAAGUAGAUUUAUUUUCUGUGUACACCUGACAUCUUAGGACUGAGUAGCAAACAUGGUGGCCUUCAGUUGAUGUUGGAUCUAGCUCCCAUCAGCGUCAGCCUGAAUGGCCAAUAGUCAUGGAUGAUGGGUGUUGUAGUCCAACAGUAUCUGGAGGCUACUCUGUUGGCUAUCCCUGCUUUAGGGCUAGUACAUUUGCUCAGACACUGGAGAACCAUACAGAUAGUACAUACUGGAAAUUCAACCAUAGGCAAUCAUAAUAUAAAAUAUCAAACAAUCAUGCUGUGUCAUGGCAUACUAGGUUAAAAUUACUAAUCAUUUAGUGGUUGAAAUUAACCUUUUAAAGCACCCAUCGUAAGCUUUAUUUCGGCAAAAAAUGGUGAAGUAGAUGUACUGGGGGCCUAUUUCUGGCAUACAGAAAAAUUAGUGAAGGGGAAAAGAAUUUGCAGGAGCAGAUUUACUAAGGGGGAAACUAUGUGUUGCACUGCAGCCAUGUGUCACAAAGCGCUGACAGCCCCAUCUAUGUGGCAAAGCACAUUCAGGUGGGGGCAGUUUGCAUCAGUUGAGGAGAGGUGAGCAGUUAACCCUUUUCUUGCCGGGCGCUGUUCCUCUGAAGCUUCCCCUUCCAAUAUGCUUUUAGUAUUCAGAACCUGCAUUUAUCUCACAAAUAGGUCUGGAGCCCUCUAGGUACAAAGGCAGCUGCAGGGGUGGGAUGUUCCAGGAGGAGAGUUGCUGCAAAGGGAAGGGUUAAGCCUCUCAUUUCCUCCUGGCCUUUUUCUAAUGCAGAUCUCCACCUCUGGAAGGUGCUUUGCAAUGGAGAAGGAGACGUUGGGUUUGUUUCAUAUGUUUGUGAUAUAUUAAUGGGUAGUUUGCCCCUGCUAAUUAAGGCAACCAAAGAUAGCAUUCAGUUUUAAAGCUUUUAAAAUAACUUGAAACUUUUUCUAUACUUCGUACGUUCAAGUUAUACUCAGAAUAGUCCCAUGCAAAUCAGUGAACCUAAGUAAGUGAAAUAUUGCUAUUAAUGGGUUUGCUUUGAGUAUGAUUUAGUUGAAUAUCACCCAGAGUCUUGGGUUUUAAAGAACCAACAAAACUACCUCAGACCACAAAUUUUGAACUGGGAUUUAAUCUUAUGGUACUUUUAAAUGUGAGGAUUUUCCUUUUGAAAAACAUGAUAGGAAAUGUCCCCAUGCUCUGCUAGCACAUAGCAGCCAACUUCAAUAAAGCAUAUAUUGCAUUAUACCAGAGGGUACCAGUUUACUAACAUAAAGUUAAGUACCAGAUUAGGCAAUUGAUACUAUGUUAGCACUAAAUUUCAGUAGCCAGCUUUCAUCACUGGUUCUCCACUAUGGAGAGGCAAAACUAACUGUAGUGGUUGGCACUUCAACACAAAGGGAUUUUUCUGCCUUGAGCCAUUCAUGUACCAAAUUUUUGGCUGCUCUACUUAGGGCAUAACCAAUCUUCAAGCCAUACAGUGCCAAAGUCCCACUUGACCUGAUAACUCCACUUAUCUGUGUGAAAGAAAAGAUGAGGUGUGAUAUCGGUGUGAGGAAUCCUGCACAGCUUCUAUACUUUCUUUCCCCCCCUAGAUAGUUCCUACACUUCUGUUUGUGUGCUUAAACAGAAGAUGGGGAUACUUUUCUUGCCGCUUCCUCACUUGAAAUAUUUCUCAACAGAGUAAAUGAAACUUACUUUGAGAGAGUGUGAGUGUGGAGGAUUGUAGCUUAAUCAGAAACAAUUCUUAGUCAGUGUUGAAUCACCAGUCUUGGAAUUUUUCAGGCAACAACAAUUGAUACAUUGCCAGUUUUCACAGAUCAAGCUUCAUCAUCUCAUACCUCUUUGGACUUCAGUUGAGGUUCAUCAACUUCUUCAGUGUCUCAUGAAGGAUAGCCCAAAGCAACACCUGCCUGGAUUGUCUGUUAUUUCACCGGGUAUACACUAUGCUUCCUGGGAAAUAUGCUUCAGGAGUACCAUUUCCCACCAUUAACACCACCCCUGGUGUUUGCUGGGUAUAUCAGAGAAGAAGACGACAAAUAUAUGGGAAGCAGGAUAAAAUGAAAGCAUAGGGAAGAUGGCAUCUGAAGCAAUGCUGCAAACUUGGGGUGAAGCAGUAGCAUCCAGAUUCACUGAUGGUAUUUUUCUUGCAGCAUCAAAAUUGCAUGAUUUUUGUCACUUUCCAAAGUGGUCUAUAAUUCUGAUCCAUAUCAGACACUGUUGACAUUCAUCAUGUGCUAUGAAAUUGCAUAGUUCUUGGAGGCUGCAUCUUCCUAAGUGCCUUAAAAACUAAGCAGUCUUAUUCUGUUGGAUAUAUUGGGAGGUUUCUUCACCUUAUGCUUUGAUUCGUGUUAUCACAUGGCUGUUGAAACUGUUUAAAAGUAUGAUAAAUGUUGUUUAGUAACUUUAUAAAUGGUAGUGAGACUGUUUUAUAAUGGUUAGAUAUCCAACUUUUUCUAGGAAUGUGAGCAUAGGUGGGAGGUUUGUAUAAGACUGUAUAAGGUUCUGUGUUCAAUUAAUGUAGCGAGUACAAAAGCCAAUAAACUAUUUGUUGAUUUGUCCUUCAA